CAUAUGACCACUGUCAAUAGUCAGCAGCAUAGAUAAAGACAAGUUGUCCUUGACCUAUUCCACAUGGCCACAAUCAUAACAAAACAUUGUAAACAUUUGGAAAGACAAAAGUACUAAUUUUUAAUGCUAAAUAAAAGUUGAACAAAGUGUUUAUGUUCAGAUUUUUAUGUUGGUGAAAUAUGGGUGACCGAAAAAUUUAUAGUAUCAGAUUCAAUCAAGAUCAUGGCUGUUUUACCGCCAGUAUGGAGAACGGUGUGCGUAUAUACAAUGUGGAACCCUUGGUGGAAAAAUCACACUACGUUCAAUACGGAUAUUAUAAAUGCCUGCAUGGCAUUCAUAAUAUUACUUCGUUACGCUACAACGACUUUCAAUUCAGAUUACCGCACCAUUUAUAACAUUUUUUGGAUAUAUUUUGUAAAUAAUAUGCUAAAGCCAGAUGUAGAAGCUGUAGGUAGUGUUGCAUCAUGUGAAAUGUUGUUCAGAACAAAUAUAUGGGCAAUUAUUCCGGGGGGGAUGCGUCCGAAAGUUCCCGAAAAUAUUCUGCAAUUCUAUGAUGAAUCACAGAAAAAAGCCAUAAUGGAAAUUAAAUUUGCAGCCGCUGUUAAAUCUGUGCGCUUCAGAAGAGAUAAACUUGUGGUUGUUUUGCCAAAUAGAAUCCACCUAUUUUCGUUUUUGCAACCCACUAGAGAGUUAUUUUCGGUUGAAACCAGAGCAAACCCAAAAGGAUUAUGUGAAAUUACCCCCCUGCAGAAUUCACAUAGACAAAUCUUGGUAUUUCCAGGCCACAAAUUGGGAAGCGUUCAAAUUAUGGAAUUAAGCAGUACUUUUCAAAGUUAUUCCAGCGCCCCGGUUUACCUGCAAGCACAUAAAAACGAAUUGGCUUGCAUUGCAAUAAACCAACAAGGCAAGCGAAUAGCAACUGCUUCUGAACAAGGCACUUUAAUUCGAGUGUGGGAUACCAGCACAAGAAACCAGUUGGUGGAAUUGAGAAGGGGAACAGAUCCUGCUUCUAUUCAUUGCAUCAACUUUAGUACUAACUCUGACUUCCUAUGUUGCUCAAGUGAUAAAGGAACAGUUCAUAUAUUUGCUAUUAAAGACACAAAUUUAAACAAGAGACUCUCUGCAAUUCCAACGGCAUUUAUAGGAACUUUAGGAAAAUAUGGCGAUUCUCAAUGGGCGUUAACGAAUUUUACUGUCUCUGCAGAGUCGGCCUGUGUUUGUGCUUUUGGUCCAAAUAACACAAUUUAUGCUUUGUGUUUCGAUGGUACGUUCCACAAAUAUGCAUUUAGUGCAGAGGGUAUUUGCCAUUCUGAGGGUUUCGAAGUCUUUCUGGACGUUGAUGAUGAUGACGACAGAUUUUAAUCGGUAGACACAAAUUGAAUAAUAUGAAAAAUAUUAAUAAGCCCAUUACGAGUGAGUAUAUGAACAAAAAAUAAACAAGGUUCAAACUUAAAA